AUGAGCACCACGAACAACCCCGCAAGUCUGCCAAAGGCCAAAAAACCGCGAACGGUAUCGUGGCAAGAGGUUGCUGAUUGGCAGUUUGACAACAAGUAUAUCCUCAGCGGGUAUCGGCCAGAGAACGGAGACUAUCUGGAGGUCCUGGCCAGCCUGACAUUUUUGCACAACGAGACUUGCAAUGUGUACACUCAUCUGAUCGGAGCUCUGCUCCUACCAUUCUUGGCACCUCUCGUCCUUCGGUUGCUGUCCCAGCCUCAAUUUCUCAACGUCUUGUCCAUGGACUAUGCGGCGUUUGGAGUCUACUUCUGGUGUGCGGAAAUCUGUUUGGUCUUGAGCUCACUUUACCACCUGAUACAGCCUCACUCGCAUCGCGUAGACCUGUUCUGGCACGGAAUGGAUUUGCUUGGUAUUGUCAUUGUCACAGUGGGCACGUUCUCAUCCGGCAUCUUCUAUGUGUUUUUCUGCGAGGCGGACUUGCAAAAACUGCAUUGGGGUAUUAUCUUAUCCACGGGCACAAUCACCGGUGUUCUCAUCUCGAACCCCAUUCUUAAAACGCCGCGCUGGCGGAAAGUGAAAGUGGGUGCCUUUGUUGUCUUUGGCGCUUCAUCGUUCAUCCCACUGCUACAUGGAGUCCAACGAUACGGCCUUGAAUACAUGCUCCAAUACUCUGGAAUGAAAUGGUACCUGGUUGAGCUUACCUUUUAUGGCACUGGACGUUUGGCGCCAGGUACAUUUGAUAUCUUUGGGAGCUCACACCAGCUCUUUCAUGUCGCCAUCUUAUGCGCCAUGUACUCACAUGUGACAGCUCUGCUGCAAGGUUUCACAACCUGUCAUACCUUGGAUGUGUGUCAACUUCAAGGUCUUCACUAA